AUGGCUGUGGAAUGUGUCAUUAAAAAUGCAGCAAAAACAGUGGGGGAGGGUCCCCACUGGGAUGACAUAACCAAUACACUUUUCUAUGUGGAUAUACAAGCAAACUCAAUCCAUAGGUUUAAUCCAGAGACGGGAGUUGACGAUAAAAUUGAACUGGAUGACACAAUUGGAUUUGUGGUUCCCGCCAGAAAAGGUGGGCUGAUAGCAGGCGUGGGUCGCUCUCUGGUACACGUGGACUGGGAUACAAAGAAGGUGACCAAACUUCACGAAGUGGAACAGGGUCUACAGACACGUUUUAAUGAUGGAAAAUGUGAUCCAAAAGGAAGAGUUUGGGCAGGGACGAUGGGACCUGUCGAUCCUGAUGUAAAGAAAAUGCCAAUGAUUGGCAGUCUAUAUUGUCUAGACUUAGAUGGCAGUCUGCGUACAGUGGUGAAAGAUGUUGGUAUUUCAAAUGGCCUUGCUUGGACAGAAGAUGCGAAAACAAUGUACUAUAUUGAUUCCACCCCUCAAAAAGUCUACCGCUAUGAUUUUGACAUAGCAACAGGAAAUAUCUCUAAUCAAUCAGUGAUUGUAGACCACGCUGGGAAACCGCUGGAGGAGUUUGGUUUUCCAGAUGGCAUGACUAUUGAUACCGAGGGCAAACUUUGGGUAGCAUGCUUUUCUGCCAGCAAAGUCAUUCGAUAUGACCCUAACACAGGUAAACAACUGCAAUCUGUGAACAUUCCGUCUGCUGCGAGAAUUACAUCCUGUUGUUUUGGCGGAAAGAACUUAGAUGAACUUUACGUCACAUGUUCAGCUCACGAAGUAACUGAAGAGGAGUUUCAGAAAUUCCCAUUGAGUGGCUCCGUAUUUCGAGUAACUGGUCUUGGAGUGAAAGGAUUUAAGGCACACAUAUAUGAUGGAGAAAUAAGAGGGGGCUCGAAAAUUUAAAUAUGGAAAAAGUCCAUGCUGCACUGGCACAACGUUUAGGUAUUGUCCAGUGAGAUUAAAAAUGGCGGAGUCUAUCCGACGUGAU